GUUAGCUGUGUAGUGUUUAUAAUUUUCUUUGCGGCGGCUUUUCCUUCAUAGAAACUUCAUAAAAAUGUUCUCCUGUUCUAAUGGAUUAUGGCUUCGUUGACUGUCACGGUCACAUAUCAGCCCCGGAGUUCCAGCAGGGUCUUCCAGAUGUGAUCCACAGAACCAGGCAGGCCGGGGUAAAGACUCUGGUGGCCGUCACAGAGGGAAUGGAGGAAUUCUCCAGAGUUCUCCAUCUGCAGGAAAGAUAUCUGGACCUGGUGGCUCCGUGUCUGGGGCUGCACCCCCUGCAGGCCGCCGGGGGUCAGCGCAGCGUCCAGCCUCCGGACCUGGAAGAAGCUCUGCCUCUUUUCUACAACCUCAGAGAACGACUGGUCGCCGUCGGAGAGAUCGGGUUGGAUUUCACGCCGUGGUGCGCUCCGACCCAGCAGGACAGAGACGACCAGAUGAAGGUCUUCAUCGGACAGCUGGACGUCGCCAUGGAGAUGGACCUACCCGUGAACGUCCACUGCAGCCAAAGUCACCAAAGACACCAUGAGACGGCGAGAGAGAUCCAGCGGAUCCCUCUGGAUCACAUCUGCCUGGAGACGGACUCUCCGGCCCGCGGCCUCCACAGGAACGUGAGUCGGUCGCCAACGUUCCUCAGGACAGACGCGGAGACCACCGUCCUCUUCCUGCCCCCGUCUGCUUGACAGGAGAGGAACGAGCCGGCUAACAUUGCCCUGUCCUAAGGUCAAAGGUCAGGCGCCAGAAACGGUCCGGGACAUCACGACUCAGAACGCCUACAGACUGUUCAGCAGAGCCAGCAGAUGAUCAGAAAAACCCUGAGGAACACCAGGCUGCUCAGUGUGGAUUUAACUUCAGUUUUAAUACAUGUAGAAACAUCAUUUCCUUCUGCGCCUGUUGGACUUUCCAGAAACAGUCUUCAGUCAGAGGCCUCUUUGGA